AUGAGACCAUCAUUAGUGAGACUUGUGAGACCCCGUCGUCCUGAACGGAAGACAUCUCCUAUUUUACCUCCUUUGAAGUUAUACAAGGCUCUCUUGAGGGCACAUGCUCGUAAAUUACCAGUUGAGUUAAGACCAUUGGGAGAUCAAUAUGUUAAAGCAGAAUUCAAAGCCCACAAAAGCAUUGAUAAUCCAUUACAUAUAGUGGGAUUUUUGACGCAGUGGCAGGAUUACUUGAAGGGUAUCGAUGGUGGAGAAUGGAUUAACGGCAAAUUAAGUCAACAGGAUCUUGAGAAAAUGUCCCCGGAACAAAUAGGUCAGUUACACGAGCUUAUGGAAGAGGCUAAGAGAGUCGGAGCCAGCGAAUGA